UAGUAAAAAGUACAAAAAUGCCAUUCCAUAACAUAAGAUCACAGAAUUUUCUGAGUGGCGCAAAAGAAUUCCUGGAGAAAAUGGCUAUUCAUUAAUAAAUAAUAGGAUUACUAGAACUAAAACAUCUGUUUGAGAAUCCCUAUUUGCCAGGCUCACAGUGAAACCUAAUUGCCUGAAAGAAGUUGCACUUCGUAGCCACCGGAUCCAGAGUCUCUGGUGCUGCCAGGGUUUUACUGAUCCUUUAGUCCCAACAUAACGAAAUGGAGAUGACUUUUCCGCCAACAUCUAAUUACUUUCACAUACAAGAAAAAUGUGGUUUAAGUUCCACAUGUGUCCUUUAUAAAGAGUCGACCCGAUCCCCUGAGACUCAUGGAAAUUGAGGGGAAGGGGACAGUUCCCCAAACUAAAAACCUUUCCUUCAGCACUACCUUUGUAUUUAGUUCACCCCAGCUGAUUUUUGGAAAUUUACCGCCUGGGUGGGUGGCAAAUGAAGGCAGAAGCUGUGGCGACCGAAAUCGCGUCCAAGUCCCUAGAGUGCUCCGCAGUCGCAGAUCCAAGUUCGCCUUCCGCGCGGAAUCCGCAUAUCCCCAACCAGAGUGCGAUCCGCCCACGCUGCUGGGACCCAGGUGGCCGCAUCUCCAGAGGCUUCCGACCAGGGGGAAACUUGAGCACCAAAAGGAGGCGAAAAGAGAAUGCGCGAGCGCUGGAGAGGGUCGGAGAGAAGCCAAGUUUGUCAGGACAUGUCCAGGCAGCCAGCCGCCUAGUUGAGGAGUUGCGGCCGGGAGCUGCGGCGGAUCGCAGCCUCUUUUCCCCACUCCCUCCCUCUUGGAGGAACUGGGGGAGGGGAGGUGACGUCAGCGCCCCGCCUAGCCCCCAGCUCUCCAGCCAGCGAGGGGUUCUCGGACUGGGUCUGCCUCCCUGGCAGUUGCGGCUGCCGGCGCCGAGGCUACCGAGGCCCCCCUCCUGCUGCAGCGGUCUCUGUGGUCGCAGUCUUCCCCUCGGUGAAAUGUCUGCACUUCUCCACCCUGCCGAGUCUCAGACUCCGCCGAGCGCUCGCGUUCCUCUCACUCAGCACCUGAGCGGCCCCCGGCCCUCUGCGCGCACCUCUGGGGCUGACAAACCGGCUCCGGCAGCGUUUCCCACGGCUCGGACUGCAGGUGAUGCUCUUCCUCUUCUGCAGCUGAAAUUCGUCGCGACCUGACGCUUGCCGGGUUUUUGCAGGGAGGAAGCCUGAACCGUCUCUGCAGACUGAACUGGACGACUUGUACUUUAUACUCCUCCAACUUCUGGAUGUGAUAUGUUUUAAAUACGUCUUGUGCUCUAGCGCUGUU